AUGGAGGGUGCUGGAGUCUGGGACGAAUUGCCUUGCAUCAUUGUUAAAGGCGUGAGCAACUAUGGGGAUGGCCACAAGACGAAACACUGGGCAGAAUGGCAAAACUUUGCUGCCGCAACUGCUGCAUCGGUUGCAAGGGCUUUAGUUGAGCGCUACCCUCAGACUGAUAAAUCGCCUGCUACAGCCCUUAAGCUUCAAGAGAACAAAGCUUGUCUGAAUGCCCUGUUCAUCACAAACCCAAAGGAUGAUAAACAGCGCAUUGAAGAGACGAAGGGUGGUCUGCUUCUGGAUGCGUAUAUCUGGAUUACAAGAAGCAAAGAGUUCAUACAGUGGCUAGAAGAUCCUGAAACCCGUUUACUGUGGAUCAAGGGCGACCCAGGCAAAGGGAAGACUAUGCUGCUAUGCGGCAUCAUUAAUGAGCUGAGGGCGACGAAACCUGGGGGCAACGUCUAUUAUUUUCUCUGCCAAGCAACAGAUAUUCGUCUUAACAAUGCUUCGGCAGUAUUACGUGGCUUGUUGCAUAUGAUAGUCGUCCAGCAACCCUCGCUCAUCUCUCACAUCAGAGACGAGUAUGACAAGUCAGGAAAGUCAGCAUUUGAAGGCGUCAAUUCCUGGGUCGUUCUAUCACGGAUAUUUGGACGGAUGCUCAGAGAUGAUUUUCUAAAGGGGGCAAUCUUUAUUAUCGAUGCAUUGGAUGAGUGCGUGACGGAUUUAGCACAACUUCUCGAAGUCAUAGUGCAAAGUUCGUCAUCAUCUUCUCCGUUGAAAUGGCUGGUGUCAAGUCGAAAUGAGGCAGACAUUCAAGAGGUUCUCACAACUUCAGAACAUAAGUCAACCGUAAGCCUCGAGCUCAAUGCAGAAUCCGUAUCGACCGCAAUAACUAUAUAUAUCCGACACAAAGUAAAGCUUUUAUCGGACAAAAGAGACUAUGCGCAGUCGAUAAGAGAUGGGAUAGAAAAAUAUCUGUCUGCCAACGCAAAUGGAACUUUUCUCUGGGUUUCAUUAGUAUGCGCUCUUUUGGAGAAGGUACCACGAUUCGAUCCCCUCCCAAAAUCGGCGAAUUUCCCUCCAGGGCUUGACCAACUCUAUGAACGCAUGUCGACUAAAGUAUACGCCCCAAGUAUAUCGGAUGUUGGUAGAAGAGUUCUUACCAUCGCCACCCUUGCCUACCGACCUCUUACCAUACAAGAGUUCAUUCCUCUGAUCGAUACUAAUUACCAUCACAAAGAUAUAAUUCGGCCUUCCGAGCAUGACUGGGAAGAUAUAUUAGGCCGCUGUGGCUCCUUUUUAACGGAGAGAAAUGGCACUAUAUACUUCGUUCAUCAAUCUGCCAAGGAUUUUCUCAUCAAAGCAAGCCAACGAUUAUUUCCGAAUGGCACGCAACACAUCCACAAAGAGAUCUUCGAGGCAUCCAUUUCUAAUAUGAAAAAGAUUUUAAGAAAAGACAUGUAUAGUCUAAUCGAUCCUGCAUUUUCAAUAGAUGAUCUCCCGCAGCACGCUGCGAGAGACGAUCCACUCAUUGCUAUCAGAUAUAGCUGUGUCUAUUGGAUUGAUCAUUUUGAACAAUCUAUGCCUAAACGCAGAGCAGAUAUUCAGUCUCAUUAUAAGUGUCACGAAUUAAUACAAGGAUUUCUUAAAGAGAAGUAUAUUUACUGGCUAGAAGCCUUGAGCCUUCUCAGAAGCACGUUCGACGGCAUAGCAGGAAUGCAACGGCUAGAGCAAUUUAUCGUAAGUUGUAUAAGUCAUGCAGACUAG